GGGAGAUGAGGCAGGAUGUUACUGGGUAGCUAGUAGGAAAAAGGGUCCCUGAAGCGAAAAGAAUAGGAGGCAUCGAAGAGCAGAACAGAUUAAGGGCGCUGGCGAUCAACAUCAGGACCGUGCCCCCCGUCACGUGGAGGACACAUAACUACGGCCAUACGAAGCCUUCUAUUUUUUUUAUUUCUUUCUUGUCCUUGUCGUCUGUGUUUUGAACUUUUCUUUGUUCUCUAUACUACAUCUCACCGUUGUGGUUGUUGAUCCUUCCUUUCAUCAUCCCUCAUCUACUCGUGUAUACCGAACGGAUUUCCCCUCCUUAUCUCCCUACUACUACCCCUCCAACAGCCAACAUGCCUGCCUUCCUCAAGAACAUCAAGAACAAGCUCAAGGCCAUCUUCAAGAAGAAGAAGACUGCCGAGGAGAACCCCGAAGGCGCUGCUGCUCCUGCUGAGAACAAUCCUGCCGCCGACAAGCCCGCUGAGCAGGCUCAGACCGAAGGUGUUUCCGCCGCUCCUCCGACCCUCGAGGUGACGGAGUCCCCGGCUGGCGAGGCAAAGCCUGAGACGGAAGCUCAUGCGGAAGCCGCUGCCGGUGCAUCUGAUGCCGCUGCUAAGCCCGCCGAGACUGCUGGAGACGCAGCUGACAAAGAAACCAAAUAAUCGCCCUUAGGCUUUAAGCUGAUGCAGCUCUCACUGCAUGCAUCAUCCACUCCUUCGCCCGUGGCAUCAUUUUCCUACCCUUUGCAUCAUCUUCUCAUACCCCAGCAUAGACUGCGCUGAUUUCAUUUUGUUGUUGUUUUUCUCUUGUUGAUAUCCACCUUUUUUUCAUAUACCCUGUACUGCUUUCAAUAGCCAUGCGUAUUCGCAUAGUCUAAUAAUUCAGUCCGCGUCAAGCAAAGUAUCUCAGUUC